AUGAACUCCAGCAAUCCCUUCAAAGACGACACUGAAUCAGUUGUCAGCAAGUGCGAAGAGAUCUUGAAGGCUCACCCUGGAAACCGAUGCUGCAAGUACUUGAAGGAAUACGUCACUACCGAUGAAUUCAAGGGCCUUAGCGAAGCAGACCAAGCAGUCUUGUGGAAGUGCGUCCGAACAGGAAUUGACAAUGAAGAUUCCGGACUGGGUUGCUACGCCAUGACCACUUCCGAUUAUUCCAAAUUUGGCGGAUUCUUUGACAAGGUGAUUCGUGAUUACCAUGGCGAUGACACGGGUGCGAAAAAGCACGAGACCGACUGGAACACUGGCGACACGGAUUACGAUGUCAAAAAGCUAGGCCAAGACGAGCUGUCCAUGCGUGUCCGGGUCGGCCGCAACUUGGUCGGUUUCAACUUGCCCGGUGCCAUGGACAAGGCCGAACGUGUCAAGUUUGAACAGCGCAUGUUGUCAGCCUUUGAAAAGCUCAAGGAGGCGUAUGGUGGCGAAGUGUACUCGCUCACUCCCGACUUUGGAGACGACGGUGCCAACCCCAAUUUGAUUAGUGACGAAAAGUACAACGAAUUGGUCAAGGCCCACGUCAUGUUCAAGGAUAUGGAUGCCGAUCCAUACUUGAAGUCGGCCGGGAUUGCAUCGGACUGGCCCUUUGGUCGUGGUUGUUGGCAAUCCGAUGACAAGAUGCGCAUCAUUUGGUUUGGCGAAGAGGAUCAACUUCGUAUCAUGUGCAUGAAGAAGGGAUCCAAUUUGCUAGAAGUCUUUACCAAUCUGAAUGCCAUGCUCAAGACUGUGGAAAGUAUUGAAGGAAUUGAAUUUGCCAAGGAUUCUGAUUAUGGUUAUGUCACCUCGUGUCCUUCCAACUUGGGAACGGGCAUGCGAGCCUCUGUGCACAUUAAGAUUCCCAAGUUGACUUCGGAUGGUACUGACAAAAAGGCCAAGGAAGUUUGCAAGCCAUUGGGUUUGUCGGUUCGUGGAACUGGCGGAGAGCACACUCCCAUUGGUGCCGAUGGAACUGUUGAUAUUUCCCCAUCCUCGCGAUUGUUCAUUAAGGAAUCUGAAAUCAUUGGCAAAUUGUAUGAGGGCAUUGAAAAGCUCAUGGCUAUCGAAAAUGGAAUGUAA